AUGAGUUGAGGMUCGUGAUGGUGGGGAAGACUGGGAAUGGAAAGAGCGCWUCUGGAAACACCAUUCUGGGUCGAGAGUGCUUUGAAUCCAAAUGCAGCGCCAAAUCCCUGACUGUAAAAUGCUCCAAAGUCUCCAGUAAUGUUGAUGGACAGCAGGUUACUGUCAUUGAUACUCCAGGUCUUUUUGACACCAGGUUUGGAGAAGAUAAAACAACCAAAGAUAUUGGUCAGUGCAUCCGCUAUGCUUCUCCUGGACCCCACAUCUUCCUGGUGGUCGUUCCAAUCGGCAGAUUCACAGAAGAAGAAAUAAAAUCAGUGCAAAAGAUUCAAGAAAUCUUUGGAGAGGCAGCAGACAGAUACAGCAUGGUUCUGUUCACUCGUGGAGACGCCCUUGAUUCCACCAUCGAAGAUUAUUUGUCUGAAAGCCCAGAGCUGCAGGAUCUGGUGUCCAGAUGUAACAACCAGUAUCAACUCUUCAACAACAAGCUGAAAGAUAAGAAACCUCAGGUCACUGAGCUGCUGRAGAAGAUCAGAACCAUUGUUGAUAGGAAUGGAGGAAGUCACUACACCAAUGAGAUGUUCCAAGAGGCUGAGAGGGAAAUCGAAGAAGAGAAACAACGAAUCCUGAAGGAGAAAGAAGAGGAAAUACGUAAAGAGCAAGAAGAACUGGAGAGRAAAWUARAWGAAAAGUAUCAGAAAAAGAUGCAGAAAAUGUAUGAACAAUUCCAGGCUGAGAGAGAGAGAGAGAGAUUGGACAGACAGCAGGAAAGAGAGGAAUGGAGGAAGGAGAUUGAGAAGGAAAGGAAGGAGAGGGAGAAGGAAAGGAAGUUGAUGUACAGACAACUGGAGGAGCAGAAGAACAGAGAAAUUAAAGAAGCAAAAGCCAAGCUGCAGCAAAAGCAUCAAUCUGAGGCCAGAAAAGAAGCUGAACAUAAGGGUACUUCCUUUCAGUGGAGGAAAUUUAAAAAAGUUUUUAAAAAAGUAGUAAAAAUUAAAUACUGACAUUUAUGGAAUUAUCCUGAUUUCACUCCUGCAAAGAGUAUGGAUAAUUUGGAGUUUUUGUGUAUUUAUUAAAUGACUGGUAAAUUUGAAUGAUUUUGGAGAGUUUAGGUUGAUCUUGAUGUGGUUUGAAAAACACUUAAGGCCAUUUCACCUGCAGUCAUAAUCUGUCAAUACACUUCCUGUUUGGACAGAAAAUAGUUCAUGUUAAGUUAGAUUAAAAUGUUUGGAUAAUAUUGUUAAGUAUUUUAUGUAUCACUUUUUAAGCUUUUGGAAGCUCUUGGGACAUAUACAUUGUGGCUAUAAAUUAUCAACAUAUUUGGAAAAUGACAGUAAAUGUACUAGAGUCACAUGUUUAUGCAAAUAAUUUUCACUU